GCACAUGAACUUUAGUACCUGGCAUCCCGGUGCUGCCAAAGCUCCACCCCUCGCCUGCUCAAAAGAUGCGCCAUCCGCAGCUGAUCCCUCAAGCUCAAGUUCUUACCAGCAUCUGGUGAGUGAAUGAAAGGACUUCUUGAGCCCUUCGCUCUGCUUCCUGGGCAGUUUUUUACUAACUCCCGCUUUCACUGCCAUCUUGGCCAAAUUAACUGAUCACUCUGCAUGAUCCGCACCGUCUCCAGUUCCCCAAAAAAGACGCCCAAUCAAAUGACUGAUCAUAUUACACGGGCCAAGCUCCCCAUGAUGAGGCAGUCGUGACUCCGAGGAUGAACCCAAAUCGAAAAGGACCAGAUCGGGGCCUUCUCUUCUUCAACAAGAACUGGAAAAAAAAGAAAAGGAUGAAAGCGCCCUUGCCGCUCUUGAAAGCCAGGCUGAAGGAUGUGCAUGUAGAGGGACCUUCAAGCAACCGCGUGGGUGAAAAUGAUACAAAGCCCGAAGAAACGGGUGAGGAUGGCGGGGAGGCUGCACUUGAGGUUGAUAAUGACACUAGUUGGAUGAGCCAUCGUUUGGAGUUCCCUAAGAAUGACGAGGCUGAGAUGCAUCGUGCUGAACAUGAUUACGAGGUCAUCGAUCCUUGAGCCAAGGUGUGAGGAAUACGCGAGGGGGAACAGGAACGAAAGAGGUCACGACGGUCCGAAGUUAGGCGAGCAUUUCGGAAAGGGAGAUAACUUAUCGUCUCAGGUUUUACGGCGCCCGUAACAUUCAUCAUCUCAUUCAAUCCAUCCCAUAAACAAGCCGCACUGAAGUAUUCACCAAUACCGGCAAGGUCCAUAUAAUCAGCCAGGCGAGAUGGAGAGAUGGAAGGAUGCGAGAAAGUGUUCAAUGGGUGGUGCCGACAUUGAAGGCUUGAAAAUCACCUAGGGUGAGUAAGAAUGGAUGGCUAAACGAA